AUGGCCGACAGUGUGGAAGCUGGUAGCAACGAUGUUGCUGUCUCCUAUGAUCUCAUUCCUAAGCUGAUGCCCCAUCUUGACCGACACCUAGUAUUCCCGCUACUCGAAUUCGUACAGCAGCGUGGAAUAUUCACCGACGAAGAAAUCACUCAGGCGAAGUAUGAUUUGAUGAAGGGCUCGGACAUGGUAGAUUUUGUCAGUUCACUGUACACAAAAAUCCAUAAUACCGAUGACCCCCUCGAAGAACUUAUUGGAAAGAGGGAUGUGGUCUUGCAGAGGUUAAAGGACCUUGGGGAACAAAGUGAAAAGGUUAUGCAGCUGCUUGAGGAUCCGGAUGUUGUUGGGAAUCUUCGAAGUGAUAAGAUGCAGAAUAUGCAGUAUUUGAAGGAUAACCAUGGGGUUACAGUCGAAAGUGUCAAUGUGCUUUUCGAAUAUGGAAGGCAACGAUUUAGAUGCGGAGACUACGCCGCUGCCGCCGAUAUUCUCUACCAGUUUCGUGUGUUGUCCACGGAUUCGGACAAGACUAGUCAGGCUACCUGGGGGAAGCUUGCCUGUGAAAUUCUAAUGACCAACUGGGAAGGUGCAAUGGAGGAGGUUACAAAGGUUAAGGACCUGAUUGAACAAAAGCUCUACAACAACCCCCUUGAACAGCUUCAACACAGGACAUGGUUGCUUCAUUGGUGCUUAUUUCCCUUCUUCAACCACGAACCCUCUAAGGAUACGCUUCUUGAGAUGUUUUUCUCACCUGCCUAUAUCAAUACUGUUCAAACGUCCUGCCCAUGGAUCCUCAGAUAUAUUGCUGCCGCUGUCAUCACCAACCGCAAUAGGAACCGGAAUACUGUACAGUACCAGAAACAACUUAAGGACCUCGUCCGAAUAGUGAAGCAGGAGAUUUACGAGUACCGUGACCCUAUCAUUGACUUCGUUGCGGCCCUAUACAUCGACUUUGAUUUCGAGGAGGCGCAACGCAAGCUGGGAGAGGCAGAGGAGGUUCUCAAGAGUGAUUUCUUCUUGGUGGCCACCGCUGAGGAAUUCGUGGAUUCGGCAAGACACUUGAUCUCUGAAAGCUAUUGCAAGAUUCACCAGCGCAUUGAUAUCAAGGACUUGGCGCAGAGGUUGAACUUGAGUCAGGAUGAGGGUGAGAAGUGGAUUGUCAACUUGAUCCGCGAUACCAGGGUCGAUGCGAAAAUUGACUACAAGGACGGAACUGUUAUUAUGAACCAUCCUCCACAAUCGGUAUACCAGCAAGUAAUUGAGCGAACAAAGGGUGGCUUUUUCAGGACACAAGUUAUCUCUGCUGCGGUUUCAAAAUCUUGA